GUCGUCCCGCCUGAGGACUCAGAGCCGGGCUCCGACUUGCUUGCAGCGGCACACAGCGCGGCCGAUGCGGUGUCUUCUGGUGCAGCUAGCAGCGCAGUGACUCCCGGCCAUUUGGGAGACCUUUUUGUGGCCAACAAGGCAUCUGGGCAAGUCAAAGAGCCGGUGGCCCCGCCGAAGCCCAGCGAGGGGUCAGAGUCCGGCAGCGACCUUUUCGGUUUGGCCAAGGGCGUGGCUGCGGAGGUUUCUAAAUCCGGCGUUGAGUCGGUGUCUGCGGGCCGCGGUGCAGGCGGUGUGCGUGACCUCUUCGCGCCGGUGCGCGUCCCGGCUGCGCCCGCCGAAGACUCGGAGGCUGGCUCGGACCUUCUGGCCGCAGCGCGGACUGCAGCCGACGCGGUCUCGUCUGGAGUCGCCAGCAGUGCAGUCUCCGCGGCGAACGGUCGCCUUGGCGACCUCUUCGCCCCUAGCCAGGCGUCGAGAGCAAAGGCCCCAGCGGUCCCCCCGAAGCCCAGCGAGGGCUCUGAAUCCGGCAGCGACCUCCUGGGCUUUGCCAAGGGUGCUGCUGCGGAGGUCUCGCGUUCUGGUGUCCAGUCGGCAACAUCCGGGCUCGGUGGAGGUGGCAUGCGCCACUUGUUUGUGCCACCGGCGCGAUCGCGGGUCACCACGCCGCCCGCCGAAGACUCGGAGGCUGGCUCGGACCUUCUGGCCGCAGCGCGGACUGCAGCCGACGCGGUCUCGUCUGGAGUCGCCAGCAGUGCAGUCUCCGCGGCGAACGGUCGGCUUGGCGACCUCUUCGCCCCUAGCCAG